ACACAACGUAUCUCUUAUCAGUAAUUAACAACUACACUAUCAACUAGUUCACCAUGGUAGUUUGUUCAGAUAUAUCAUUCAUAUCGCAUACAUUCAGUUUUGUAUCAUGUCUCAGCUGGAUGUUUGCCCAACUUCCGCAAAUCAUUCAGAAUUAUAAGAGUAAAUCUGCAGAAGGCAUAUCACCGUCAUUCCUACUUUUAUGGUUUAUGGGGGAUUUCUUGAGUUUCACCAGUUGUUUAUUGAAUAAAGUGUUGGGAUUUCAAGUAUAUUUGAGUAUUUUUUUCCUUUGUAAUGAUAUUACAUUGUGUUUUCAAUACUACUAUUACAACAGUGUAUACCCAAGAAAACAAACAGCUUACACGGAAUUAGCACCUGCACCAGAGGUGAAACCAAACAAUGAAUCAAAUACUGAAGACGUUAAUGUGCACUCGAAGACAGGAUUGCAUAUUAGACAUGCCAAGAUGUCUGCUACUACCUCAGAAGAGUCCAUACUAUCACCAGGAGCUAGCAGUUAUGAUUCUACUUCUGACAGCGAGUCUUCCCAUUUAGUCCGAACAGCCAUUGCCGGGGUUUUACUAAAUGCUAGUGGAGCAAGAGCAAGUCCCAUACAAGCGUUCAUACAAGAAUCUUCUGGUUCGAGUUCCACCGUGGAAACAAUCGGGAUAAUACUUGCUUGGAGCUGUACUGUCAUAUAUUGUAGUUCGAGAUGUCCCCAAUUAUACAAGAACUACAAGAGAAAGUCGGUUGAAGGAAUAUCUCCAAUAUUGUUUGGGGCAGCAUUGCUUGGUAAUUUGACAUACACACUUUCUAUUUUGUCAAGCUGUGAGUUUUUGUUUGGUGAUUCCAGAUCAGAUUUUAUAUGGAGAGAAUUGCCUUAUAUCAUUGGUAGUUCUGGGACUAUUAUAUUUGACGUUGCAUAUUUUUAUCAGAAGUAUAUAUAUAGAGGUGCAGGCAAGAACACUUCGGUGAUGGUGUUGGAGAAUUGGAGUCAGAUAGAUGUUCAUCAAGUUUAAUAGAUUUAUAGAGUCUUUUAUAGUAUUAAUAAUGUACUUAUGAUGUAUUG